GACAGAAUUGCAGGGAAAAGCUGGAGGUUCAGACUAGACUUGUUGAUCUCCGUUUCGAGGCAGCAGAAGGAAGUACCGAAGCUUUCCUUUGUGUCUUCACCAAGAGAAGGGUGGGGGAAGGGGGCAGAUGCGGCUUCGGAGUUGACGGCAGGCAGGAGCGAGGAGCCGCAGCCGAAGGAAGGCCUUGGAAAGCUUCCUGCCGAGGGAUCCGAUUUACCUCUCUUCCCUUCCCCCCGCCCCCCGGACUCUGUGGCCAGACGGGAGCGCGGCCGCCAUCCCUCCGCCUCGAGGCUGCCCGCGGGGGGAUGCGAGCGGGGCCAUCCCGGCUGCCCGCCCCGACGCACGAUGUAGCCGCCCUCGGUCCCGCACAGCCCCGCGCCGCCUCGCUGGGAGCCCGCAGGAGGAGCUCUGGGGCAUGGAGGGGAAGGAGAGGUGAGGAGAGCCGGCCCCCGCACGCCCUGCCCCACACCGCACCUUGGAGCAUCCAGCCUGAGGGGGACCAGCGAUGCCUCUGGGGAUGAAUAAGCAUGGAUCUCGCUCUACUACCUCUUUGCCUCCGGACCCCACGGAGAUCGUCAGGAGCAAGGCCUGCUCCCGCAGGGUCAAGCUCAAUGUGGGGGGGCUGGCCCACGAGGUUCUCUGGCGGACCUUGGACAGGUUGCCACGGACCAGGCUGGGUAAGCUUAGAGACUGCAACACACACGACUCCCUCAUGGAGAUCUGUGAUGACUACAACCUGGAGGAGAAUGAGUACUUCUUUGACAGGCACCCGGGGGCAUUCACCUCAAUCUUGAACUUCUACCGUACUGGCAAGCUGCACAUGAUGGAGGAGAUGUGCGCCUUGUCCUUCAGCCAAGAGCUGGACUACUGGGGGGUGGAUGAGAUCUACCUGGAGUCCUGCUGCCAGGCCCGCUACCAUCAGAAGAAGGAGCAGAUGAAUGAGGAGCUGAAAAGAGAAGCUGAGACCUUGAGGGAAAGGGAAGGGGAGGAAUUUGAUAACACUUGCUGCGCUGACAAAAGGAAAAAGCUCUGGGACCUCCUGGAGAAGCCCAACUCCUCCGUAGCGGCCAAGAUUUUGGCAAUCAUUUCCAUCAUGUUUAUUGUACUAUCUACAAUUGCCUUGUCCCUAAACACACUUCCUGAAUUACAAGGCAUGGAUGAAUUUGGGCAGACGACAGAUAAUCCUCAACUUGCCCAUGUGGAAGCAGUGUGCAUUGCAUGGUUUACAAUGGAAUACCUCUUGCGGUUCCUAUCCUCGCCUAAGAAAUGGAAGUUUUUCAAAGGUCCACUGAAUGCUAUUGAUUUGCUAGCUAUCCUACCAUACUAUGUCACUAUCUUUCUCACAGAAUCCAAUAAAAGUGUACUUCAGUUCCAAAAUGUACGACGAGUGGUCCAAAUAUUUCGGAUUAUGAGGAUACUCCGGAUUCUAAAGCUUGCCCGGCACUCAACGGGUUUACAAUCCUUGGGGUUUACACUGAGGAGAAGUUACAAUGAGCUUGGCUUACUCAUCUUGUUUUUGGCCAUGGGCAUUAUGAUCUUUUCCAGCUUAGUGUUUUUUGCAGAAAAAGAUGAGGACGAUACAAAAUUCAAGAGCAUCCCAGCUUCCUUCUGGUGGGCAACAAUCACCAUGACAACAGUAGGCUAUGGAGAUAUCUACCCCAAAACACUUUUAGGUAAAAUAGUAGGAGGACUGUGCUGCAUUGCUGGAGUGCUGGUGAUUGCUCUUCCUAUCCCAAUUAUUGUCAAUAACUUCUCUGAGUUCUACAAAGAGCAGAAGAGGCAAGAGAAAGCCAUUAAGCGCAGAGAAGCUCUUGAAAGGGCCAAAAGGAAUGGUAGUAUCGUCUCCAUGAACAUGAAGGAUGCAUUUGCCCGUAGUAUAGAACUUAUGGACAUUGUGGUUGAAAAGAAUGGAGAAAGCAUAGCCAAAAAGGAUAAAGUUCAGGACAAUCAUUUAUCUCCCAACAAGUGGAAAUGGACCAAGAGAACACUCUCUGAAACUAGCUCUAGUAAAUCUUUUGAAACUAAAGAACAAGGAUCUCCAGAAAAAGCUAGGUCAUCUUCAAGCCCCCAGCACCUGAAUGUCCAACAGCUAGAAGACAUGUAUAACAAAAUGGCAAAGACUCAGUCACAGCCAAACCUUAACACUAAAGAGUCAAGUCAACCUGGAAAGCAAAAGGAAGAGCUAGAAAUGGAGACCCUUCCCGGCCCUAUGGUGCCCUUGCUGACAACUCGCACCGAUGGGAUCAUUGACAUGAGGAGUAUGUCCAGUAUUGACAGCUUCAUAAGUUGUGCUGCAGAGUUCCCUGACUCUGGGAGGUUUUCCCACAGCCCACUUGCCACACUUCCCUGCAAAGGUGGCGUUAAUGUGAUUCAGGAGCAGAGCAGAGCAGAAGGGAGUAGUGCCAGAUUUGCAGAAAUAAGCUCUGAAGGCAGCCACCGUUCUGCUUUUUUCAUAGAAAGUCCAAAAAGCUCCAUAAAGGCCAGUAACCCUUUAAAACUAAGAUCUCUGAAAGUCAACUUCAUGGAGGAGGAUGCCAGCACACUAGUACCAGCGUCAAAUGUCCUGAGAAUAUAUCCAGACACUCUCAAGAGCAGAGGAGCUGCUUCUGCCACCGCCACAGAUACUUCUUUACUCUCUGACAGAUCUCUCAUGAGCCCAGAAACCUCCAUCUACACAACUGCAAGUGCAAGAACACCUCCAAAGUCACCAGAGACACAGACAGCCAUAGCUUUCAACUUCCAUGAUGCCGGCAUUCACAAAUACAUAGAUGCUGACACUGAUGACGAAGGUCAGCUGCUUUAUGAUUCAAGUCCUCCUGGAAAUGUGAGUCCUAAGUACAAUGUUACAAACAUUGGUUAUCUAAAGCAAAAGGACAAUGUUUAUAGAACAGAGAAGAACCAUCUAGAAGCUGCUGCUUUACCCACCUCCCCUAAGCUAAUAGGGCAAAACUGCAUUUAUUCUAUGGAAGGUAUCACUGGAAGAACCCAGGGCAAUCAGGAGACUGUCAGACUAGAAAAUCACAUUUCCCCAGAAGUCCACGUAUUACCAGGCAGUGGAGGACAUGCUAACACACAUGAUCAAAGCAUCUGAACAGGCUCCAAGAUAACUUACUGAAAGUUUAAGGGAAUGUCCAUACAGUCAACUCAAAAACAAAAAAGGAAAAACAAAAAACAAAAAAAAACAAACAAACAAAAAAAAAAGAGCUUCUGCAUGGCAUGAACUUGGCUGAAACAAGCCAUCUGUUUCUAAAAGUCUGAGGGGAGGUCCAGUGUGGGUUUGUGAAAAUGUCCUUCUCUGAAACAACUCUAAAGACAUUGCCCACAUCAGUCAAAAAAUAAGGAUUGCAAAUCAUGAUCACACAUUGAUCUCCUUUCAUGUUGUCCAGUGAAGCCAAUGUGACCAAAUAUCCAUCCAUUCCCCUUGAACGCUAGAGCUCCUUUUGGAAAUAUUAACACCUGAUUUGCGUUAGUUCCAUAAAGGAUGCCAAGGCAGCCAGAUAUGAACUCUGGAAUAAUUUGCUGGGGUUGGUAUAAAGCUAUCUAAAACACAAUGCUCUCUGCUUCAGGGCAGCUGUUCCUCAUCUACAGCUUUCUCUGAUGGAUAUUAUGUCUAAAGGUAACAGGGAACACUUGCAUUAUUAGAAAAAUCCAAGUGAAAACCAUUUAAAACAAAUAGCGGUCUAGAGAAACCAGUUAUUAAAAUGCUCUGUGUGUGUUUAACAAUACUAUAUCCUGUAGGACCUGACGUUUUCUUUUGAAACAUCAGCAGGGUGAGUUGCACCACUUGUAUCUAACUCCAAACACCCCUUAGGACGUAGUGAAACUCGCACUUACCCUCUGCUAAAAUUAAAAGCUGCCCUUGGGCCAGCACGUGGCCCUCGGGGCACACACAGCCCAUGCUGGGAAGGUGUGAAGGAGCCAUGCAGAAGCAGGGAUCUCCGGCAGCAUCACAGCCCCCUUCCCGCAGCUGGGGAGCGUGGGGUUAGAAGGGGAGCUCAGCUCCUCUCUGGGCUCCUGGCUGCACCAUGGCAGCUCCCGGCCCUACAGGGAUGGCCGAGUGCAGUAGCUGGCCCUAGGUUUGGUCCGAGCAUGGCCGGCUCCUCGGUCCUACCCUUCCCGCCCGCGCCCUGACUUCAGGCAUCAGCUGAAGUCUCGCCCUUGGCGUAGGAGAGGAACCAGUUGGUCUGAAGCUUUUCGCGCCCACGUGGCGUGGUGAAAGAUAUGCAAGCGUUACAUAAAUAUGCAAAAAGAGGGAUUCUUUAGCUACCCGCCCCGGGCCUGGUUGUGCUCUCUCUUGUGAGGAGGUUGGGUGGGAGCAUCUCCUGUCGUGUUGGUGCAUCCAGCAGCGCAGGGAGAUUGCCAGAGACAGCAGGACCAGGCCUGAUGUUUUAAUAGCAUCCACUCAUUUUUAAGUGAAAGAAGAAAAAAAUAAUAAAAAAAAAUAAUAAAAAAAAAAAGAUUUGACCAUUUUAAGUGAACAGAACUAGCAGCCACCAGCCUAGGUUUUUAAAAUAUUAUUGUUUCAAUAAAGUUCUGUCAAAUUGUGUAGGAAAUAAUUUGUCUUUGGUUUUUAAUACUGGGGGGGAAAAGCACUUUACGUUGACUUUUUGUUGUUGUUGCAAUGCUGGAGUAGGAUAGCAGAGUGUAACAAUCAAGCACUUUAAUCAAGCACUAUUUUAAUUUGUGCCUCCUGUCGUGACUGUGAUUUGUUACACACCGGUAGCAAGUCACAACCUGUCCUGUGAUAACUGUGAUGGUAAUCUUUUAUGUUGUUAUCCGUUUCUACUGUAAAACUCAGUUGUAAAUAACUCUGUCAAUAAGUGUUUCCUGACCUAUUUCGGAGCACCUGCCGGGGCGUGUAGCUAUCUGCAUGCAACAGGUCUUGGGGCGUGCGGAGGCACGGGACUCGGGAGCGGAGGCGCACGCUGGAGGAAGACUAUAACCAUGCGAGCCCACUGCGUUUUGUCCCUUCCCCUUGUGAAAAAGCCGUUGGUUGGUCCUGAAUGUAACUGUCUGUCCGUCCGAGCUGUACAGUACUUCUGUCUGUAAUCCAUAAUAGUGAAUGCAGCAUGUACGGACAAAAGCAAUAAGCACAUAUCUGUUUUAGGAACUGUUAUGGGUUACGAUGAUAGCUUUGCUAGGUCUCUCCGUGGCACAAACCCUCACGCAUUCUGGAGCGGUUGUCCCACUGGGCUCCUGGCGGUGGGAUGCAGCCCAAGGCACUGCUCACACGUCCUCCUUGCCUCCUGCAAGGACAGGCCCUAGGGAAUGCGCAAGUGAGACCUGAGCCACCACCUCAUGAAUUCGCCCGCUGGCAGUGGAAGAGGCCUCGUGUCAUGCAGAGAAUUACGUGGGAGGUACUCGAACUCAGUGAGUUGCUCGAACUCGGUGCGAGCAAACUGUGCUCUCCAGGGUAUUUACACAGGGCCAAUUCCUGAGGUUCCUCAGCUUUUGCUCUGUCUUCACUCAGUCAAAACCACCAUUCCUCCAAAUGGGCUCUUUGCCUGGUGAAGGACUUUAGGAUUUGGCCAUAGUAAAUACAAGUGUACUUAAAGGAACUGACGUAUUGCUAGUUAAGAUUGAGUCGUUAUGAAGAAUUAAAGUGACUUUCCAGCAGAUAAGCUUUAAAUACUGAUUUAUUCUAUGGCUUUCCGAGGCCAUAGACUGGCAAUGAGAAAUUUUAACGAGAACAGUCUUAACAUAACCUCUAUGUUUCAGUGAUCAUUCAUGUCUGCCAUCAGCACAAAUGUAAAAAGAAAAAAAAAAAAAUCAGGGACAAUUUUUUUGAUAAAGUAAGUAAUAGUGAUUUCCAAGCUAAAUAUUUUUAGAGCUGAUGCUUUCAUGUGGAAAAAAGUCAUAUUUUACAUAUCACAAAAGUGAGCAUAUUUAAAUAUAGCCAUAUAGUGUAGUAUUUACCACACUUUCAUCCAAAUUGAUGUAUUUGGUUUAUAGAUGGCACUGACAAAAAUGUAUAGAUCAACGAUUCUAUCAUUUUUAACUGAUAAUCAACUGGUGCAACUCUCCUUGUAACCAAAGGCCCUCUGUUUGCCUUGUGUGUUUACUUACAACACAUAUCUUAUAUCAUCUAUUUAGUCCUACCUUUAAAGUAGCAUUUUAUUGAGUCACUUUUGAAAGCCAAAUUCAAAAGUAUCAUUAAAAAUCUACCUUUUAAGUCUGAAUAGCCAAAGUCCUAUAGAUUUCUUAUAGAAAGCAAAUAAUUUAAAAUUGAGCAUAUAAUAUGCUUGAAGAGCAUUUCUUUCUUAUUUGUGUAUGAAGAUGUAGCUCUCAUUUUGUGCCCAGUUAAAAAGGAAGUAUGUUUAAUUUAUUUUAAUGAAAUAAAGUCUGAUUAUGAAGUAUGUACCUAUAUAUGUGUGUGUGUGCAUAAUACACAUAUAUAUAAUGUAAGCACUGGGAAAUCUACUCUAAUGUAAAGCUAUGGUAGACUAAAUCUGUACUCAUUACAAAAGGAAAGGCAGUGCUUUGAAAACAUAGUGCUCACUAAAUCCUAUAGAUACUAGAAAGACAAUUUCAUUUUAUAGUUUGUUUGGUACAUAUCUCCCAGAGCUCAUCAAAGUAGGAGCAAAUAUGCAAUAUCUCUUGCAUCAAGCUGAAGUGUGCAGUUUAAUCACUGACAAGUGGCAUUCAGGUCUGUGAACUUACUGUGUAUCCUGGAUCAAGCAAGACGACAGUUUCACCUGCUGCUGCAGAAGACAUCGUAUCUGAAAGGACUAUGUACGUGUGAUGUCUGCUCUUGCUUGUGUCUUAUGCCAUCAACACCAUUUUUAAUACAUAUAUAUAAAUAUAUAUAUAUAUAUAGAAUAUAUAUAUUUGCGGGAGGAAUGGGUGCAGUUUUCUUAACUAGGAAGCAAACGAAGAUCCUUUGAGUUUUAGCCUUGAACAAAGGAAAGCAGCAGUCACUUAUUGCAGUAGAUUUCUCAGUGCCUUUUCUUAGAAACUUCACCUAAGCACACUUACGGAAAACUAAAUAAAACGAAACAGUCUCCUGUGAAAUCCACGUUUUCUGAAAGGUUUGAGAGUCUAUAAAGGUAGAAAAAGAAGAAAAAAAUAAAGAGGAAAAGAAAACCCAUGGAACGCACAUUCCCUUUCUCAACAUGCCGAGUGUCACAUGCCUGGGAAUUUGUCUGUGCAAGGCACGCAGGAAGAAGUCCAAGGCGGUUGGGUUCUUUGGCAACUAUGGCUGUGAUAAACUGUAGCCUUUUCUUCCCUUGCAGCUAAUAAGAUACACAUUUCUAAGGAAAACAGUAUUCUCUUCUGUAAAGUUGUAAUGUAUUGUUAAUAUUUGUACCUAUUGUAUAUUUAUGUCUUGACAGAAUUAUGACUGGUACAGUUUAUAGUAAACCACAAGGGUAUUUAAAACUCAUUACAAAGACAACGUCUCUAAAGCCAAGUUCUCUCUCUGUUGGUAAGUUCCCCAUAACACAAUCUCCCAUAGUUCUUUAUGCCUCAUUUUAAAGCAAGCAGUAGAAUUACUGAGUAAAGCAGCAGAGUGAUGGGGACUGCAUGGCACUGAUGCCCUUCGUGCAGCUCAGUCAGGAGCAAGAUGGGGAGGUGGGCUUCCCAGCGGCUCCAAAUUGGCCCCAACUUCUUCAUCAAAGCGCUCGUGUUUGGUCAGUCACUUCUGCUUAUGGUAACUGAACAGAACAAGUGUUACCUUAGGUUGCUUUAGGAUCAGCCACUUGGGGAGAAUAUGGCUUUAAAUAGUUCUUGAAUAAAGUACAGAUGUUUUAGUUACCUCUGUACCUUCUGUUUGCCAUUGUGUUGGCUUUAUAAGUAUCUGAUGUAUGGAAAAGUCAUGUGACUUUCAUGCAUUCCAGAGUAGUCUAUUUUUCUGUUCAGAUAAAAAAAAAAUUAUAUAUAUAUAUAAAAAUAUAAAUAUAUAUAUAUGUAUUUUUAGCAAAUUUAUAAUAGGGCAAUCAAGUCAGAUCUCUUCUUUUUGUAUUACAGAAUAAUAUAUUAUAUGCUUUCUUGUUCAUUUACAUAGCUGGUCCCCUAACUUUUUUGUUGUCAUCAUUUUCCUUCAUUCCGAAAACACCCGCAACAUCCCUCCUGGAAGUGAGUCUGCGAAAGGUCAUGAAGUUUGUCUGAUGUUGUCAUGUUUUUGUAUUUUCCCAUUUGUGGUGUGUAAAAAUAGCCAGGGAUUGGCUAUGGAAACUAAGUUGUACUUUCUGAGAAACAAAGAAGUGGCCAAACUGUCUCGGUUAUGGCAGUACUGGUACAUAACAGCCAAUGCCACUGGCUUCAGCGUUAACCAUAGCCUGGGUACAGUGGAGUUUUUCCAGAUUUACAUCAAUUAAGAUGAGAGCAUGAAGAGACAGGAUUUGAAUCUGAUUGUCCUAAUUAUUAUGAUAGAAUUGGGAUAAGUAUCUCAUUCCAGUUUUAAUCAAAAUAGAAAAGUCAGACUCUUAUUUCAAGGGCAGUGACCUAGCAGUUCUCAGGCAAAACUCCCUCUCUAGCUUCUACAUCCAGGGGAAAUUUCCCUGGGUUAAAACAGAAGGAUCAAGACUUAUUUCUCACUGGGUUUUUGGAAUUUCUACUUUCAGUCCCAGAUAAAAUCAAGAAAUUGACAAAAAAAAAAAAAAAGAAAAGAAAAAAAGUAAGAUAAUAAAAAAAAACAGAACAUGUACACAUUCAGGAAGGGACAGGAUUUGGCUAAGGUGAAGACCACUCAUGCACCUGCUUACCUAGUGAUCUUGCUUGCUCCUUCACAGCUGUACCAUCACACAAAUUUAAUAGAAAGUCCAUGAGAUAAAUGUGCAUCUCAUGGCCUGUCAAAGUCUAGCACGAUGAAGAGAUUCAGAUUGUCCUUUAACUCCACAGAAAAGUUUUGGCUUGAAUCAGCCCAACAGUCUGUUCAGUGACAAUUUUUUUCCACAGAUAGAAUUUUGGUCUCUUUUUCUGUUCUUACUCCAAAGCAAUCUCCUUUCUGUGACUUUUUUAUAUGCUCACCACAAUACCCAGUAAAUCUGAAAUAAUUUAAUUAAUUUGGGAAUACAGUGUAUUCAGAAAGUCUUGGUAACACCCGAAUGAGCAGUAUAACCAUCAGAAACUGUUUGGUAUCUGAUUAUGUAUCAGCAAUACUUAUUUACACGGAAGGUGAUUAAAACUGGGUGGGGUUUUUUGGCUGGUUGGUUGCUUUUGAAAAAAAACUAGUGCAAUAAUCCAUUAUAUCCAUCAUAAAAAAUCCCAUAAAUCUCUUCAAAAUGGAGUUUUCAUAUCACUAAGUUCGUCUGAAUGUAUUUAAACACACUACAGCAAGCUUCUAGUCUUGCCAGUCUGAAAUUUACUCCUGCAGGUAGCCCUCCCACCAAAACAGAAAUGACCCAGAUACCAACCAGCCCAUCAAUGAGGAAGAGUUUAUUUUUCAGCCUUGUGUUUUGCACCCAAUGCUGACCAGAUCCAGGCUCUUGCACUGAAACUUUGUCUUGUCCAGACAAAGGAAACUUUAGGAAAGCUGAAUGUUUGCAUUCAGGAUGUGUAUCCCCUUUGUUGCUGGUGUUACCUAAGCCACAAAUAAGUGUCCUUUGACACCAACGGUAGGGUGCCACAAGUGUUCAUAUCUGUAAAUACUACUCAGAAUUUUGCUUUGCUUGCUUCUGGCUUCAUCGCACAAGAAAUCUUCAGUCUAGAGGCUUAGAAGAGAAACCUUCAUUUUUCUUUUUAUCCAGAAAUAAUACUAUUGAUAUUCUGUAGGAUUGAACAAGGAUUAACUUUUGACAUUUUUAAAGGGGUCUUUUGAAGACUGCAAGGAUGCCACCUUCAAGAAGUAAUAAUCAGUUUGGGCUCAGUGCAAAGAGCCACCCAAACUAGAGCAUUGUGAGAUGCCAGGGAGCUGAAUUUGAAUGAAAUGCUGAAUUAUUUGCUGCUGCGAGUAAAGCCCAUUGAGGUAAAUGAAGCUGUUCUCAGUUUAGCCCAGUAAAGAAUUUGGACCCUUGUUGUUAAAAGCUAAUUGAAAACUACAGGCUCUGCAUGACCUCAGGGAUGGAGUUGUCUGUCCACAGCACCUACAAGGAAACGAGGUGAGGGAAUGGGAAGAGACAGGUCAGUGAAAGCCUGGGAAAGAAGGAAAUCUUUCACACAAGAGGAAAAUUAUCAUCCUUAUCAUGCCAGCCUUGACUGAGCAGCCUUCUGUGUCAACUCACUUUGUGGGCUUCAUAGCACAAGCAGCAUCCCAAACUCACAAAUGACUGUCUACAACAGGACCACAUGGUUCAACCCUGGCAGCACCCAGUCCAGGGACUGGUUGUUGCCAGGAGGACACUACUGGCUCAUGGGCCAUCAGUUAUCUUUGACUGUGUCAACCUCCAGUCUUACUGGAAAUCUGCAGUUAAGGCCAUCUUAGGAUGCAACAGUUCUACUCUAAACACCAUAUUUCUUUUAGAAUCUCCCCUUCCUUCUGUUUUUCAGCUACUCCUGAGUACCAUUAGCCACCCUUAGUCUCAUGCAACUACUGGGAUUUGUUUCUAUCGAUUUUGUUGUCUUGUGACAGACAGACGACAUAUCUAUUUUCUCCAAUUCUUUCUGGUUCUCUGGUGGUGAGUGUACAGAAUUGCUCCCACACUGAAGCGCUCCCCACUGAUGUGUUUGGGGUGGGGGCAGCAUCUCUGUAUUACUUAGAACUCUGAAGCCAUGAUACUGCACUCAGAAAGGCCAGCCACAGCUACCAACCAAAUUUGCUUUCCAGCUAGAUUAGCAUUAAAAUAAUGCCCCAACUAGUACAGAAAAAUCCUGCUUUCUAUCAGGCCAGUGAAGCAGUUCUUAAAUGGAGAGAAAACACUAACCAAAGCACUGUUGCACGUGCUGCUUGGUGACGACUCCGUGCUCAGUGUGGCAUGCCGGGCUGUCUGUGCUGCAUGCCAGUUGCUUGGCAUCUCAUCAUGCCAAGGAACAGCCCCAGAUCUUCCUUCUGACAAAGCACAGGACAACUGCUUGAGCUGUGCUGCUCUGCCAGUCACUGAACCAAUGGCCAACCCAACCAGCACUCCCCAGGGAAACCUUGAUGGGCAACCAUGAUUGCUAAAGGACAAGAAAGCCGUGGGGUUCCCUUAAAAGAAAGAUGUGAUAUUCAACAGCAAAUAAAAACUGGAAAAUGCAAGUUUGCCGUGAUUUUCCUGCACACAUGUUGCUUUUGCAGCUGGAAAUUGAAAACAACUGUGACCCAGCUUGAGAAAGAGCAGAAUAUGAAAGCUUUCUCCAUUGCCUUGCACUUCAGUUAUGUUUUAACCUGAGCAAUGUGGGGAAGCAAUGGGGAAUCCAGCUCAGCUUGUAUAUAACAAAAGGCAGAGUGUCAUGCCUCUGCCUACAGCCCAGCAGAUCCCACACAUCUUGCACAAUCCCUUCAUUGGGUUACAUUGGGCUGACCCAAGGGGCAUGCAUCAGCAGAUGUUUUCUCCCCAUUUAAGUAACUUUUCCACACCCUGGUAUUUUGGGGUGGUAACAGCAACAUUAGCCAUAUACUAGCGUACUUAGAGUCUUACAUUUUUUGUAACUUUGAUUUAGUCAUUCUUUGUUGAAGUUUAUUGACCUCUCCAAUUGUUUCCACAAACAAAUUAUUAAAAAAAAAAAAAAAUCAAUGUCUUUAUAUGCAUGUAGUAGUAUGAAACUGUGAUCAAUGUGUGACAUUCAGAAACUGUACUGUCUUGUAAAAUAUGUCCAAAUGUCUAAGGAUUUUAAAGCAAUGGUCCCUUACUACAGACUACAGAAAUAAAUAAAAAGGUAUGGAUAAACCAAA